AUGUACGUUCGCCCUAUCCUGGAGUUUGGCUGUCCCAUUUUUUCCAGUCGUCCGCAAACGCAGCUUCGACCUCUUCUGCUGCUCGAACGCAGGGCGCUGCGCUUCUGUCUGGGCGUACCAAUCACUACACCCAUAUCGCACCUUUAUGCUGAGAGUGGCGUUAUUCCUUUGUCCUCCCGAUUCAACACCCUAACCCUCCGCUGUAUUUUACUUCUUUUCUCUAGUCAGCACUUCCUUCGCGUUGCCUUCCGCGUCACCAGUAUCGUGUCCUUCCGCGCCCUCCGGUGGACCCCCAGGAUCUACCCGCAGCUGGCGUUCGCCGAACGCUUGUUCCUCCAGCUCUAUGCGAUGCCGGUCAGCUUAUCCAGGUUGGUUCCAUCGCCCGCUGCUCCCGCUCCGGAUAUCAGUAUCCGCGUCGUGCCCCUAUUCAACCCUGGUCGCGCCAACCUUCCUCCCCCUGCAGUCCUCUCCGCGCUCCUCGACAGUCACGUUAGUUCACUCUCCUCUCACCUUGCGAUCUUCACCGAUGGCUCUGUCGUAAACGAGAAAGCGGGCAUUGGCUUCUUCAUACCAUCCAUGGGCGUGCGCAGGAGCAUCCGCCUCCCUGACUACAUCCCGAUCUACUUUGCAGAGCUAGUGGCUCUUCUGAUGGCGCUCCAAGCCGUGCCGUCCUCGCACAAUCUAGUCUGCUUCUUCACCGACUCCUUGUCCCUAGUCUCCAAAUUGGACAGUAGCAGGAGCUCGCAUGAACGUGACCUGCUUCUCGCAUUCUCUCCCUCCUUCAUCCAUGAAAUUGUUCUGACAUGGGUUCCCGGCCACUGCGGGCUUCCCGCUAACGAAGUCGCGGAUUCUCUUGCGCGUGCCGCCGUCGCAUCUACUCACCUCGCUGUUCUACCCCUCAUUCCUACGGUUCUAUACGCAAUGUACAAAAGGUUCGACAGCCUCCGUAGAGCUGCUGCCCUCCAACAGCAGCUCCGCGCGCGGCCUGAACUAGCGCACCUGGAAUUUGGCUGGAACCCUCUCCUUUGUGGUGUUCAAGUACGUCCCGAACAGGAUAACCGCGUGGACGAAGGUAAGUGCAAAGAAAUCCGCAAGAAGCUCAAUACCAGCAUGAUGAACAUGAUCAACGCUCAGGACUGA